AUUCCUGUCCUCUGGAACACAGGGGACUCCCAGAGGCACUGUCAGCCAAACUGGGGCCCUAACUGCCCUGUUCUUGCUGGAACCUUCUGAAGAGGCCCCUCAGGACCUCUUUUUGCCUUCACUCCUCUGACUCAGUUUCCUGCUUACGGGAUCUCCUGUGGUGUAGACCUGAAUCCUCAAAGAGCCAGAAUCUUCCAUGCCUUGGAGAGAAUGAAGACCCAGGAUGGCUGGUGGCCCAACUUGCUGAAAGUGAAGAAGAAGUGGCUCCUCCCCGCCAUCUGCAGCUUCUUCUGCCUGCUCUCAGUGGUCAUGACUGGCUGCUUCCUGUGGCAGUAUCACCUCCCCAAGCUGAAGACCGGUUCCCUGGGACCAGAGGAGACCUCUGCCCCUGUGAGGAUGUGUCCCCGGCACCCUGAGCCCGUGCCCCUGGCUCACCCACUCCCCGUGUUGAAGGAGGCCCUGGAAAAGGUGGACCAGAUCCUGCGCCAGGCAAUGUCUACCCCAGGCGUGGCUGCCAUGUCUGCAGUUGUCAUCUACAAUGACACUGUGCUCUGGACAGGGAACUUUGGGAAGAAGAAUGGCUCAGACCCGGCUUCUGGGGCCCCCAAUGAGUACACCAUGUACAGGAUCUCCAGCAUCUCCAAGAUCUUUCCUGUCCUCAUGCUGUACCGUCUGUGGGAGGAGGGCAUCGUGGCCUCCCUAGAUGACCCUCUGGAGCGGUAUGCCAGCACCUUCACCAUUAACAACCCGCUGGGCCUGGCAUCAGCCGAACAGCAGGGCCUGAUGGACGGGCUGGAGCAGGUGGGCCCCGCCCCAAGGCCUUCACCUGUCACCCUUCGAAGGAUGGCCAGCCAACUCUCAGGGCUGCCCAGAAGGCUGCGCUCCACUUCACUGCUGUGGAAGGGCAGCACCCAGGAGGCCCUGAACCUGCUCAAGGAUGAUGUGCUGGUGGUGGACCCGGGAACCAGAUGCCAUUACAGCACGCUGGCCUUCUCGCUCCUGGCCCACGUCCUGGCAGCUCACACCGCCCAGGGCGACUACCAGCGCUGGGUCUCGGAGAACGUGCUGGAGCCGCUGGGGAUGGCAGACACGGGCUUUGACCUCACGCCCGACGUGCGCGCGUGCCUGGCAGCGGGCUUCUACGGCAGCGGGCGGCCGGCGCCCCUCUAUGACCUGGGCUGGUACCGGCCGUCGGGCCAGAUGUACUCUACCGCCGCCGACCUGGCCAAGCUGGCCGUGGCGCUCCUGGGCGGCGGACCCCGGCGGCUCCUGCGGCCCGACGCGGCCAAGACGCUGCUGGCGCCGCUGCUGGCCUGCCCGGGCGCCUACUUCGCCAACGAGACGGGCACGCCGUGGGAGUUCCACGCGCAGCGGGGCUACCGCGUGGUGCGCAAGGACGGCGACCUGGACGGCUACGCCGCCACCUUCUCGCUGGUGCCCCCGCUGCGUCUGGGCCUAGUGCUGCUUCUGGCAGGGCCACGGCCGCCCGGGCCCGACCUGGUGGCGCGGGCCUACGAUGAGCUCCUGCCCGCCCUGGAGCGCGCCCUCCGGGAGGCCGAGCCCGGCCCGGCUCCGCCGCCCAGCGCGCGCCCCUUCGCCGGCCACUUCACCUUCGCCAACCUGACCUUCUACGAGGUGUGCGCCGGGCCCGCGGGAGAGCUGCGCCUGCGCCAGUUCGGGCCGCGCGUGGAGGCGCUGGUGCCUCCAGCGUUCCGCACCCUGGCGCUGCGCCAUCUGCACGGCCGCGUCUUCCAGCUGCACGUGGCCCGCGAGUUCCCCUGCGCACUGCCACUCGGCGACGCGUGGCUCUCGCUCGAGGCCCAGCACGGGCAGCUGGUCAACUUCUACCCCUUGGAUCACCACGGGCUGUCACCCGGCUUCGACGUGCCCGGCCUCAACACGUACAGAGUGCUGCGGCUGCAGGGCAAGCCGGUGUUCAAGACCCAGUGA